GAGAGAAAAACCUCUCGAUCCUGCUGCUGCUGCUGACAAACGGAGAACAGGAAGGACGGAGAGACAGAUAGACACACAGAGACACGGAACAGACAGACAGAGAGAGAGAGACAGACCGGAGAGACAGACGGACGGACAGCCGGGAGGAUGGGCCGGCGGAGCGGCCGUCGGUAGCGCUCUGUUUUCAGGCACGGAGCUCCAGGAUGAGCGUAGCGCUGCAGGACCUCCGGAACACCAUGUCCAGCUAUAAGCGAGCUACGUUUGAGGAGGAUGAUGUGUCGGACUCUCCAGCUGAGUCGGCCUCGUUUCCUGACAGAGUGGAGGUGGGUUUCAGGAAGGGAGGUGUGGACAUUUUGGGCAGGCGGACCCAGCUGGAGGUGUUGCUGUCUGUCCUGCUGCUGGCUGCCCUGCUGGCUCUUCUGGCCUGCCUGCUGGUCCUGGGACUGGGUUUCAGCUCCGACAGCGGGCGGGGCCUGUGCCUGACGGAGGCGUGCGUCACCGUAGCGAGCCAGAUGGUGGAGGCCAUGGACCGCGGCGUCGACCCCUGCAGCGACUUCUACCAGUUUGCCUGCGGAGGCUGGAUGAGGAAGAACCCGCUGCCCGACGGACGCUCGCGCUGGUCCACGUUCAACAGCAUCUGGGAGCAGAACCAGGCGCUGCUGAAGCACCUGCUGGAGAACGGAACGUUUAACGGCAGCAGCGAGGCGGAGAGGAAGACUCAGUCCUACUACCUGUCCUGUCUCAACACAGUGAGGAUCGAAGAGCUCGGGGCUCAGCCGCUCAUAGACCUCAUCGCCAAGAUUGGGGGCUGGAACAUGACGGGUCCCUGGGAGAAGGAGAACUUCAUGGAGGUCCUGAAGGUGGUUUCUGGACCGUACAGAGCUCAGCCUUUCUUCAGUGUCGGAGUCAGCGCCGAUCCCAAAAACUCCAACAGCAAUGUUAUCCAGGUGGACCAAUCAGGGCUCUUCCUGCCAUCCAGAGACUAUUACCUCAACAAGACAGCCAAUGAGAAGGUCUUGGUGGCGUACCUGGACUACAUGGUGGAGUUGGGGAUGCUGCUGGGCGGCGAGCGCAGCGCCACGCUGAUUCUGAUGCAGCAGAUCCUGGACUUUGAGACGGCGCUCGCCAACAUCACCGUCCCGCAGGACCAACGGAGAGACGAGGAGAAGAUCUACCACAAAAUCACCAUCUCGGAACUGCAGCUGCUGGCGCCGGCCGUGGACUGGUUGGACUUCCUGUCGUUCUCGCUGUCUCCUCUGGAUCUGAACGACACCGAGCCCGUGGUCCUGUACGCCCGAGAGUACCUGCAGCAGGUGUCCGAACUCAUCAACAAGACGGACCGCAGUCUGCUGAAUAACUACAUGAUGUGGACGCUGGUUCAGAAGAGCGUGGCCAGUCUGGAUCAACGCUUUGAGAAUGCUCAGGACAAACUGCUGGAGAGUCUCUACGGGACCAAGAAGUCGUGCACCCCCCGCUGGCAGACGUGCAUCGGGAACACGGAUGACACGCUGGGCUUCGCUCUGGGAGCGCUCUUCGUCAAGGCGACGUUCGACAAACACAGCAAAGAGAAAGCCGAGGAGAUGAUCAACGGGAUCCGCUCAGCAUUUAAAGACGCUCUGGACCGACUCAGCUGGAUGGACAGCCACACGAGAAAGGCUGCUAAAGAGAAGGCCGAUGCUAUCUACGAUAUGAUCGGGUUCCCAGAGUUCAUCCUGGAGCCCAAAGAGCUGGAUGAUGUUUACGACGGGUAUGAAGUGUCGGACGACAGCUUCUUCCAGAACAUGUUGAACUUCUACAACUUCUCAGCCCGAGUGAUGGCCGACCAGCUAAGGAAGACUCCCAACAAAGACCAGUGGAGUAUGACUCCUCCUACAGUUAAUGCAUACUACAUGCCCACUAAGAACGGCAUUGUCUUCCCCGCCGGGAUCCUGCAAGCCCCUUUCUACGCCCACGACCACCCCAAGGCGUUGAACUUUGGUGGGAUCGGAGUGGUGAUGGGUCACGAGCUAACGCACGCCUUCGAUGAUCAGGGUCGUGAGUACGAUAAAGAAGGUAACUUGAGGCCGUGGUGGCAGAACUCUUCGGUGGAGGCGUUUCGCCAGAGAACAGAGUGCAUGACUGAUCAGUACAGCCGCUACACCGUCAAUGGAGAACACGUCAACGGGAAACAGACACUCGGAGAAAACAUUGCCGACAACGGAGGACUGAAGGCUGCAUACAAUGCCUAUCAGUCGUGGAUCCAGAAGAACGGAGCGGAGAAGAAGCUUCCUGCCGUCAACCUGACCAAUGAUCAGCUCUUCUUCGUAGGAUUUGCUCAGGUGUGGUGUUCUGUCCGGACCCCCGAGAGCGCCCACGAGGGUCUGAUGACCGACCCCCACAGCCCGCCGCGGUACCGAGUCAUCGGCACACUCGCCAACUCUCCAGACUUCAGCCGCCACUUCAACUGUCCCGAGGGGACGCCAAUGAACACGGGGCAGCGCUGCGAGGUCUGGUAGACACACCAGCCAAUCGAAGGGGGGAGGGGGCGGGGCCUAUUCGCUCAGUCUGUUAAAGGAGACCUGUUACAAGUUUGUUUUUUCUUUCAUAUCUAUAAUGUUACAAUCUCAGAUGUUAAACAUUAAAACGCCACAGCUUCAAAUCCCUGUGAAUUUUA